CUUUAUUACGCUCAGUAGGUUUCCUCAACUGAAUAUGACCACACUGACACUUUCGCCACUGCAGAACAGCUCGAACAUCGGACCACAACAACAACAUGAGCAGAUUUAAUAAACCGGACUGUAAACUUGUGAUCUGGAGCCAUUAAUCAAGAUGGACUUUUGGUUUUUCACUCUGGCUGUUUGUUUGGCCACCUCUAGAACUGGAGCACAGUCAACCUCAACAACAUCAUCAGCGUCAAAUGUCACCAACGUAACCACUGUGUUCCCUGUACCUGCCCUUACCACUACUGCUGCUCCUCCUACGACUCCUCCAACUCCUCCUCCUACCAACAAUACCACUACUGCUGCUCCUCCUACCAACACUACCACUACUGCUGCUCCUCAUACUACUAACACUACUGCUGCUCCUCCUACGACUCCUCCACCAACUCCUCCUCCUACCAACACUACCACUACUGCUGCUCCUCAUACCACUAACACUACCACUACUGCUGCUCCUCCUACGACUCCUCCACCAACUCCACCUCCUACCAACACUACCACUACUGCUGCUCCUCCUACUGCUCCUCCUCCUACCAACACUAUCACUACUGCUGCUCCUCCUACAACUCCUCCACCAACUCCUUCUCCUACCAGCACUACCACUACUGCUGCUUCUCCUACUGCUCCUCCUCCUACCAACACUAUCACUACUGCUGCUCCUCCUACAACUCCUCCACCAACUCCUUCUCCUACCAACACUACCACUACUGCUGCUCCUCCUACGACUCCUCCACCAACUCCACCAACUCCUCCUCCUACCAACAGUUCAACUACUGCUGCUCCUCCUACUGCUCCUCCUACGACUCCUCCUCCUACUGCUCCUCAUACUACCAGCACUACCACCACUGCUGCUCCUCCUACUGCUCUUCCUCCUACCAACACUACCACUACUGCUGCUCCUCCUACGACUCCUCCACCAACUCCUUCUCCUACCAACAGGACCACUCCUGCUGCUCUUCCUACGACUCCUCCACCUACCAACACUACCACUACUGCUGCUCCUCCUGCCACUAACACUACCACUACUGCUGCUCCUCCUACGACUCCUCCACCAACUCCUCCUCCUACCAACACUUCUACUACUGCUGCUCCUCCUACUGCUCCUCCUACAACUCCUCUUCCUACUGCUCCUCAUACUACCAGCACUACCACCACUGCUGCUCCUCCUACUGCUCUUCCUCCUACCAACACUACCACUACUGCUGCUCCUCCUACGACUCCUCCACCAACUCCUUCUCCUACCAACACUACCACUACUGCUGCUCCUCCUACGACUCCUCCACCAACUCCUCCUCCUACCAACACCACCACUACUGCUGCUCCUCAUACCACUAACACUACCACUACUGCUGCUCCUCCUACAACUCCUCCACCAACUCGACCUCCUACCAACACUACCACUACUGCUGCUCCUCUUCCUACCAACAGGACCACUCCUGCUGCUCUUCCUACGACUCCUCCACCUACCAACACUACCACUACUGCUGCUCCUCCUACUGCUCCUCCUCCUACCAACACUACCACUACUGCUGCUUCUCCUAUGACUCCUCCACCAACUCCACCAAGUCCUCCUCCUACCAACACUACUACUACUGCUGCUCCUCCUACUGAUCCUCCUAAGACUCCUCCACCAAUUCCACCUCCUACCAGCACUACCACUACUGCUGCUCCUCAUACUACUAACACUACCACUACUGCUGCUGCUCCUCCUACGACUCCUCCACCAACUCCUCCUCCUACCAACACUACCACUACUGCUGCUCCUCCUACUGCUCCUCCUCCUACCAACACUACCACUACUGCUGCUCCUCCUACAACUCCUCCACCAACUCCUUCUCCUACCAACACUACCACUACUGCUGCUCCUCCUACGACUCCCCCACCAACUCCUCCUCCUACCAACACUGCCACUACUGCUGCUCCUCCUACUGCUCCUCCUACGACUCCUCCUCCUACUGCUCCUCCUCUUACCAACACUACCACUACUGCCAUUCCUAAUCCUACUGCUCCUCCUACUGCUCCUCCUCCUACCAACACUACCACUACUGCUGCUCCUCCUACUGGUCCUCCUACUGCUCCUCCCACGACUCCUCCACCAACUCCUCCUCCUACCAACACUACUACUACUGCUGUUCCUCCGACUGCUACUCCUACGACUCCUCCUCCUACUGUUCCUCAUACUACCAGCACUACCACCACUGCUGCUUCUACUACUGCUCUUCCUCCUACCAACACUACCACAACUGUUGCUCCUCCUACUGCUCCUCCUCCUACCAACACUACCACUACUGCUGCUCCUCCUACGACUCCUCCACCAACUCCUCCUCCUACCAACACUGCCACUACUGCUGCUCCUCCUACUGCUCCUCCUACGACUCCUCCUCCUACUGCUCCUCCUCUUACCAACACUACCACUACUGCCAUCCCUAAUCCUACUGCUCCUCCUACUGCUCCUCCUCCUACCACUACUACCAACACUACCACUACUGCUGCUCCUCCUAUGACUCCUCCACCAACCCCUCCUCCUACUAACACUACUACCCCUGCUCCUCCUACGACUCCUCCUCCAACUCCUACUACGACUCCUCAUACUCAUCCUCAUACUACAACUACUACUCCUACUCCUACUACUACUACGACUACCACCACUACCACUACCACUACUAUUCCACUUCCUACUACUCCCUCUACCCCUCCUCCUCUGGUUUGUGACAAUGGUGGGAUAUCACUGAAUGGUGUCUGUAUCUGUCCUGAUGAAUGGACCGGAGAGACAUGCUCACAAGAGAAUUUCUGCCGAGAACAAGAGUUGAAUGGAUUCAAAUUCUUAAACACACCCAUCGGCUGGUUUGUGUAUUCUGAGCAAAUCUGUGAUCCAGGAACGAGUGCUGCUGGAAAGCCACAGGCUUCGACCAGAUGUUCCGUCAAGAAUGGACUGCCGAGUUUCGAGGAUCCACCGAAGAUCCUUCAGUGUGACCAGUCGCUCAGCGACAUACAACAAAAUCUUACCAGCCCAGCUGAUUUAGAGUCGCUGGCAGCCAGCACUCAAAUUCUGACCUCAAAACCUGAAGAGCUGACGGCCGAAAACAUCACAGCAGCAGUUCAGAUCACCAACACGCUGCUGCUGUCUCCGAAUGCCACAGAGAGCGUCAGGGUGGCAGCGGUAGCAACAGUCAGCCAGCUACUGAACACCAGCACUCCAGACGACAGCAAGGAAAACAACGCUACUCUGGGCCUCACGGUGACCCUGGACCAGCUCUCUGUGAACCUGAGCCUCAGUCUCAAUACAUCUCAGUCUCAGGUGGUCCAACCAAACCUGGUGGUGCAGUCGACACAAAUCCCUGCUGCAGGCACUCAAGGAGUGCAGUUCACAUCUCUGACAGGGGCGUCUGGGAGUUUCGUUGCUGACCGAAUUCAGCUGAACACCAACACAUCAACAGUUGUGGUGGAAAACGGGUUCAUAGCCGACACCCUGAUAUAUGUGCGAUUCCCACCAGAAGCUGUCAGUGGUCGUCAGAAGCCAUCAAACAUCUCGCUGGGUUUCGUCCUCUACCAGAAUGACCGUUUCUUUAGGUCGAGACGCUACAAAAGGCAACGGGCCGCCAUCAGGGUCUUGUCGGCCAGUGUCAAAGGUCAGGAGCGCAGCGUGGUGCCGCAACAUGUGGAGAUGCUGUUCAGACCAACAAUUGGCAAUGGUACGUCUCUGUACGACUUUGCCUGUGUUUUCUGGGACUACAGUCUGGAGGACUGGAGCACUGACGGCUGCUCUAAAGGAAAUGCUUCAGACGGACUCCUGAGAUGUUUCUGCAACCACACCACCAACUUCGCUGCUCUCUGGUCAUUCAGAGAGAAUUAUGAGUAUGCAGAGGCCCUGGACGCCAUUUCCAUCGUUGGACUUUCGUUCUCUAUUCUAGGUUUGGUUGUAACGAUCAUUCACCACGUUAAAGAGAACUUUCACAGAAACUCUCGCGAGCGAAAGAACAACAAGAACUCAAAGACAGCUCUGCUGUGUAUCUACGUCAGUCUGCUGGCCUUCAUCAUCACCUUCCUCUCUGGGGUCGGAAACUCCAGCAGACAGAAUGACGCUCAGACAAACAACAAAAACAACACCAUUCCGGAGUCUGACGAGCACGUGGAGCCAGAUGCAGGCUCGUGCACGGCGGUGGCGGCUCUGCUGCACUUCUUUCUGUUAGCCACAUUCAUGUGGAACGCUGUAUAUGGCACUCAGCUGGUGCUGCUGGUCCGGACUGUGAGUCGUGGUCUUCCUCCGUACUGGAGUAAACUCAGCCUCACUGUGGGAUGGGGAGUCCCGGCAAUCGUCGUGGCGAUCACACUGGGAGCCACCUACCGGGUGGACAACCCAUUGGGAUACAGACAGGAGGAAUUUUGCUGGCUUGCAGCUCUGGAUAAGGACAAACAGUUUCACUUUGGGAAGCCGAUGUUUGGGGGUUUCCUUCUUCCGGUCAGUCUGAUCCUGAUCUACAACAUUGUUCUGUUGGUUCUGGCCUCUCUGACGACAUGCAGGACCGACCCGACCCUAAGGAGCACCCGUCAGUCGUCUUUGACCAGGAAGUUCCUCGUCAGUUUUUCUCUGGCGGUGUUACUGGGUCUGUCAUGGACUCUGGGAUACCUGGUGCUUGUUACGAGAGGACAUGCCCACCUGGUCUUCAGCAUUAUCUUCUGCCUCUGUACAACCACACAGGGGUUUCAGAUAUUCAUCCUCUUCACGGCCAGAACGCCGACCUUCAGGGCCACCGUGUCGCGGUCUGUCCAGUACGUCUCGUCCAUCUCUAUCCGGUUUAGCAGCAAAACAUACAGUCUGACGAAGAACUCGGGGAGGACGGACAGCUCUGAGUCCUACAGAGCUUGGAACGACCCUGCAGAUACUCAAACUUUUGAAAUGAAGAGACAAUAAUGAUGGGCUUUGGUGGAAAUUAGAAAAUGGUUUAUUUUAGAAAUGUAAGAAAUCUUUUAUGUUAAAAUGGACCAUGGAGGAUGAGCCCAUUCUCAGGAAAACAACUCACCCAAAAUGGAUUUAAGAUCAGAUCAGAUCAGAUAAAUGCUGUUUUAACAGUCAGUGAUCAAAUCUAUUCUUUAAACCAUCUAAACUGGUCUUAGACUGGCACCACUUUGGCCACUUUAUGCUGUUGUUUCAUCUGUAGGGGCAGAUUAUUCUGCACAUACUCAGUGUGCUCUUUUAGAAAACUCACUGGAGACAAUGAGCCAUUGGAGGGCACCAAACUCCAGACAAAGAACUGGUUUCAACAUGCAGCAGUUUACAGACACAGAGCUGGUGCAAAGAAAUUAAGUACAUUUAUUCUCUCAUUUAAAGGAGUAUAUUUUUUAUUUAUUUUGCUACUUUUACUUAAAUGUAUAAUGUGAAACAUCUGUUCAUUAAACAGUGUAUACAAAAAGUAAUUUAUGUCUGAUGUAAGUAUGUCUGAUUCUGAUUCUGAUUCUGAAACUCUAGAGCUAUGUUCUAUAUGUAGUUGAUUCAAUCAAUAAUCUAUAAUCAGAAGAAGUCAUACAUUGACUGUUUACCAUUCACUGUUUAGAUCUUGGUGCUUUUGAACUCUAGAUUUGAACCGGAUGAAGGAUUUUAGUCAUCGGACGUCUGGAUCUUAAGUUAUCAGAGAAACAAGCUGAGCUAACGUUAGCAGCAGCUCGGCUCGCAGCCCCUCCGGGACGUCCUUUGUCUGUCCAACAGCGUGGGACAAACUACUAAUAAAAAUUGGCCAAUGCUGUUUGUAUUAUUAUUGUUUGGUAUGGAAGCCCAUUUCUACCAUUCAACUGUUCUGUUCUGCUUAAGUGAAAUGUAUAAAACGAAAAAAAAAAGUCAGAAUUAUGAGAUAAAAAGUUUAAAUUAUGAGAUAAAAAAUGAAAGUCAGAACUUCUGACAUUUCUGUUCUAAUUAGGGGGUUAGUUACCAUAAAUAAAAAUGGCUAAAAGGU